CCUUGUACCUCUGGCCUGUGAGCUCUGGCCCGUUGUCAGGCAUGGCUCCCCGGGCAGUCUGGCUCCUAGUCGCGCUGUCCGCUGUCCUGAAGCUGCACUCCUGCUGGGCUUAUACCUGUCCGGCCAUCUGCCGCUGCAGCGCCGACACGUUUCAGUGCAGCAGAGACACUCAGCUGGCCUCCAGGACCGCAGCAACAUCUGUGCUGCGACUAAGGCUCACCCAGCUGCCCUUGAAACAAGUUCCCACUCAUGCCUUCAAGGAGCUGAUCAACAUUACCAUAAUAGAGAUCUCCCAGAGUGACUGCAUCACACAUAUUCAGAAGCACGCAUUUUUCUCCCUCCACAGUCUGGUGCAGAUCUCAGUGCAGAAUAUCAACAGUCUGAGGGUCAUUGAAAGGGGAGCCUUCACGGAUCUGCCCAGGCUGGAAUAUUUGAGCAUCUCAAACACAGGCCUAACACACUUCCCAGACUUGACAACCAUAUCCACCCUGGCAUCAGAUAUCAUCCUAGAAAUGGCAGACAACAUGAGGAUCGACAUCAUUCCUGCCAAUUCCUUCCAGGGCAUCACAAAGGAAUAUGUCGACAUGAACCUGGUUAGGAACGGCUUCAAGGAAAUAAAAUCUCAUGCGUUCAACGGGACCAAGCUCAACAAUCUAAUAUUGAGAGACAACAGGAACCUGCGUCAUAUUCAGGAAGAUGCUUUUGAAGGAGCCACAGGUCCAAGCUAUCUGGAUGUUUCGUCCACGGCUCUUAGUUCCCUGCCGAGUAAAGGCCUGAGUCAAGUGCUAUCUCUGAAAGCCACCUCUGUGUUCUCCCUGAAGAGCCUCCCGCCAUUAGACGGCCUCGCCGAGCUGCUGGAGGCCGAGCUCACUUACCCGAGCCACUGCUGCGCUUUCCACACGUGGCGCAGGAAACAAAGGGAAAGUGCCUCAAGGAACUUUACAAAGUUGUGUGAUCUCAGCAACUCCGAAAUGGAGCCCACAGAUGAUGGCAUGAAUCUCGUCUUCGACAUAAGCUUCCAAUACCCGGACCUAGAGUUUGGUUGCCAUAGCAGGCCGUUCGUAAUGUGCACGCCGAUGCCGGAUGCGUUCAACCCCUGUGAGGACCUGCUGGGCUUCCCCUUCCUGCGCUGCCUCACCUGGCUCAUCACGAUCUUCGCUGUGGCCGGUAACCUGGCCGUCUUGGUCAUCCUGCUCAUCAGCCGCCACAAGCUGACCAUCUCAAGAUUCCUCAUGUGCAACCUGGCCUUUGCCGACCUGUGCAUGGGGCUCUACCUGAUGCUGAUUGCCUUCAUGGACUUCAACUCCCGCCACGAGUACUACAACCACGCCACCAGCUGGCAGACGGGGCCCGGCUGCAGCACGGCCGGGUUUCUGACCGUGUUUGCCAGCGAGUUGUCAGUCUACACACUGACGGUCAUCAGCCUGGAGCGCUGGCACACCAUCACCAACGCCAUGCACGUCAACAGGAGGCUGCGACUGCACCACGUGGCGGCCAUAAUGGCGGCCGGCUGGGGCUUCUCCCUGCUCAUGGCUCUGCUUCCUCUGGUGGGAGUGAGCAGCUACAGCAAGGUGAGCAUCUGCCUGCCCAUGGACAUCGACAUGAUGGGCUCUCAGAUUUAUGUCAUGGCCGUUCUCAUUCUCAAUGUGGUCGCGUUCCUAGUCGUCUGCUUCUGCUACGUAUGCAUCUAUCUCAGCGUCCACAACCCGGAGCACGCCACCCGCCACGGCGACACCAAGAUCGCCAAGCGCAUGGCCGUGCUCAUAUUCACAGACUUCAUGUGCAUGGCGCCAAUUUCCUUCUUUGCCAUCUCGGCCGCGCUGCGCAUGCCCCUCAUAACCGUGUCCCACUCCAAAAUCCUGCUGAUUCUCUUUUACCCCAUCAACUCCCUCUGCAACCCCUUCCUGUACACCAUCUUCACUCGUGCCUUCAGGAGGGACAUGUGCCGGCUGCUGAGCCGCUGCGGCUGCUGCGAUGCCAACUCUGAUUUCUACAGAUCACAGACUGUGGCGUCGCAGCACACCUGCAUCAACAAAGUGGCCGACAGAAAACCUCACUCGCUGAGCUUUUAUGCCUAUCACAUUAAGAUGAAGGGCUGCUUUCUAAGCAAGGGAGCGACAUGAUUGUCAGCGUGUGGGCUGGGAACUCAGAGGCAACAUCUGCUCGCUGAAGAUGCCGCGUUUGAGAAUUAAGGUGAAGGUGGAGAGACUGCUGGCAUCACGCAUUGCAAAUAUCUGAUAGAAUCUCAUCUGGUUUAUUUUGCAAGCAGAAAAUGUUCAUUUAAACUGAGGAGGUUUGAAGGUAAGGAAAGUGCAUCCUCUCUUCUGCACAGGUAUUGUAAAAAGAAGCAGAUAGGCAGAGAAGAAGAAAAAAUGAGCUUGUUGAAGAAAUGUAAAGCAUCACUGUUUGUUUGUACUCUAAACUAUUGCUCAAUGAGAUAUUUAAAGUGGCUCUAAAAGGUUUACCCAUCCCUGUUAAAAUGGUAGCUUUUUGUGAAGUACAUAAAUUAGAUCCAUAAUUUAUUUCAAACCUUUUUCCACCCUAAAUGUGAAACAUUUUCUACAACACAGAUUUGUUUAGAGGAAACUGAGGUGCAAUUCUACGAUUACCCACUUGCAUAACUGUGCACACCUGUGAGAUAAUACUUAGAUGAAGAAUCUUGAUUCAAUUUAGAGCUGCAUGAUAACAGGAAAACACGCAAUAUGCAAUGAUAUUGGUGACGGUUGCAAUAAUGCAGAUAGACCCCAGUUAAUGAUUAUCCCACUGAGCUGCUUAAAAGAAGAAAAAACAAACUAAACUAGCUUUUAUUGGAAAAGUUGCAUCUGACCAGAGUCUGCAGUUUUGGCAAUGAAGCAACUUUCCAGUUUCUUAAUGACUGGAUUACCAAAUUCUGAAAUAUAGAUUUGAUAUCUAUGCACAGAGGGACACACAGAACAAAAUGAGACUUUUCCAUUAAUGAGUCUGCUUAAGACUCAAACUGUCUGAAUGUGAAUCGCUCAGAUGAAACAAAGCCUGGGCGUUUGCAAGGAGAGUGAAGAAUUAA